AUGUCUCGUGCACUGUUCUACUCAUCGAGUAGAGCAGAACGAGGUGUUAUACGUACGAGUCAUUUCUUUGAUGAUAAUUAUGGUAUAGCCAAGCUGCCGGCACCUGUCUUGAAGUGUAUCAAGGAUAUGCGCCCAUAUCGAAAGAAGCGGCUGCAUAUGGGCAAAAAAUCUAUUCGGAAGGAUCUAACUCGUUAUGAGGCGUACAGUAAAGCUGAGGAGCUUCGACGGGAGAGGUUGGUGGACGAAGCGAUGGUCCAAGACUAUUGA